AUGGAAAAACUGAAAAACGAAACUCUCCCACAAUACCCACCAACGGACAAUAAUAAUACAGACUACUCGAUCACACAGACAACAGAUGACCACUCUAAAAACAAUAGUACACCACUUUUAAAGAGUACCACAAUCGUUUUAGAACAAGGAAAUUAUAGAAUUCAUGUUCUAGGGACUGCUCAUGUAUCGGAAGAAUCAGCAAGAGAGGUGAGAGAAUUAAUUUUGGAAAAGAAGCCCUCGAUAGUAAUCUUGGAAUUAUGUCAAGGAAGAAGUUCAAUUCUUGUAGAUACCAACAUUUUGAAAAAGAAGCCUUUUGAAAAAUCGGAAAAUAGUUUUGAUGGAGAAAACAGCUCACCCAUAUUGAUGGAAAAGACAGAGGAAAUUGAUCCUCACAGUAAUAACAAUAAUAGACAAAGUUUAUUUUCAUUACUGAUGGAUUACGUAAAGAAAAAGAGGAAAAUUACACUUUUUCAAUUGGCACUUGUAUAUUUCAUGCAAAAGGUUACAAAUGAUUUGAAAAUACAAACCGGAAUUGAAAUGAAAGCAGCAUAUGAUAUUUCUGUAAAAUUAAAUUCGAGAAUAAUUCUAGGAGAUAGACCAAUAGAUAUUACGUUGAAUAGAUGCUGGCAUUUGAUGGGCUAUUUCCAAAAAUUCAAAUUUAUUUCACAUAUUUUAUAUGCCUGCACACAGACAUUUUCCUCUAAAGACAUUGAAAUGUUGAAACAUUCCGAUAUUUUGACGGAUAUUAUUGAAGAGUUUGGAAAUCAAUUCCCACAGCUUGCAAGAGUGUUGGUUGAUGAACGUGAUGCCUAUCUUACUCAUUCAAUUCUCAAGGCAAUUGAAUAUCUGGAAAAUGAAAGGCUCAGAAGAGAUCAAUUGGAUAGUGCAGAUGAUGUUGAAUCUAAUAAUUCUAACAUUUCUUCAAAUAAUUCAACAGCUUUGGAAGAAUCAAAAAUAACAACAACCAAUACUACAGAUAUAUCGACCAUUACUAAUGAGAGUAAGGAAAAUCAAAUUGAGGAGGAAGGAGCAAACAGUUGGAGUGAAUCAGAAGAUGAGGAAAUAGAUACAAGGAGUGGCGAUAAUUCAAGUGAAACAACUCAACCAGAUUUGGAUCCAAAUACAAUUGUUGUAGUUGUUGGGGCAGGACAUGUUAACGGUAUUUCAAAAUACUUUUCCAAUCCAGAAAAGAUUAACAGACGAGAAAUUAUGAAACGAUACAAGAAUGAGUCUAAUACGGGAAAUAUUCUUUUCAUUUUUGCUAUCCUUUUCACUUUAUUGGGAAUUGUAAUGUAUUUGUUCAAAGAUAUGUUCAUGUAG